UUAAGGUUAUUCUAACCGUUUACAAAUAGUCCUUUUAUGUCACAACUGAAAAUUUUGAGCUAUGUAAUCUAUACAUUCAAGUUAAUAUGAAUCAAAAACUUCAAUCAAAUACAUCAUGCUAGUACUACAAAUAGUCAUCAAACAAUUGGAGACCCUAGAAGUUCUUGUUAAGUCUAUUUUAGACUAGAACUUCCUUAUUGGAUCCAAAUGGGCCAAUGAGCUUCCAAUUAGACUAUCAUAGGCUUAAAACCCUAAUUGGGCUCUAAUUGGACCCACACUUAUUUAUUUUAACAUUUUGGGCCAUAUUGGGCCUAGAAUUAAAUGAAUUAAAAGCCUUGAUACAUGAAUAACCUAAACUAGUCCAAUAAAAAUAUAAAAAAAUCCUACUACAUUCUUUUAGACUAAAAACAUACCCAAGGCUAACUCAAAUAUUGGGCUUAGGAGCAAAAGGCCCAAAUUUCUUUUUUUUCCUCCAUGUUUUCGGCCCAAUACCCAAGCCCAAGAGGAUUUGAAGAUAGUUGACUUUCAAGUGACACAUCAUUAUUAUCCAUAGGAUAUCCAUGCAACAUCUCAUACCUCCAUGCAAGCAUCACUUCAAAAAUCACUUCUUUCUCUUCCUCUCUCUCACUCUCGGCCAUACACACCUACACACCCCAAAAAAAAUCUCUCAAACACUCUCUAGAUCACUCAAGAACAACUCUCCCUCUCCACUCAAACAUCUCGAGUUCUAGGAAGCAUUCAAGAGGAAAUCUCCACAAAAUUCUUCAUCUAAGGUAAGAUUAUGCAUAGAUCUAUGGUUUAAAUUCUUUUGUUAUCAAAAUCCUUUCCUAAUCUAUGCAAAAAUCGUGAUCUUGCACCCUAGAACCAUCUCAAAACUCGAGAUCUUCAUCAAAGGGAGCCAAGGCCAAAAACACUUCAUUUUUCCUUGCAAAACCGAAUCAACACCCCAAGACAACAUGGCUGGCUUUCAUCACCCGGGAGACCCCUACUUCCCUAAUCAGGGAAACAACGGCUGGCUAGAGGAGGAGGAGGAGCCUGAGGAAGAGCCUGAAGAAGAACCUGAGGAGGACCCCGAAGAGGAAUCUGACGGGGAACCGGAGGCGGAAGUCGAGGGCGAGCCUGUCGAACCCGAAGAAGACGAAGAACCUUUCGAAGAGGAGCUCGAUGACAGCGAAGGGGGUGAUUCGGAUGCAGAGUCCGAGGUCAUCGACCCCCCUUACCCGAUCAGGGUGCCUGCAUAUCGUGUGGGACCCACUGGACCUACCCCUCCUUGGGGCAUUGAUCUUUAGAGAUGGAGCAGACAUCAGGGACAGCGACCCCCGUUUGGCAUGUCACGUGAGUUCUUUGACUUGAGGAACGGAGGACCGGCCGACCGAGCCCUACCAGUCAUGGUGAGACGACUACGGGACACCGGCGACCUUGCUCAGGGCACUGCUGAUCAAGUACGCCAGUUGUGGACUAGAGUCGAGCGUGCGGAACAGGAGACGCGUGACGUCCUCCGGGAGUUUCACAUGAGGCAGGUAAGGUGGGAAUCUCGACUUCAGGACGCAGAACGCCUAGUGGCUCGUCUUCAGGGAGGAUCCACAUCUUCGGCACCACCUCCUGACGCAGCCCAUCGCGGUUAGGGAUAGACUUAUCAUAGUAGGUUAUUAGGAACUAUGUUAUGUACUCCGGCUCUAUGUUUAAGUGACUACACUACUCAUGGAGCCGUUAUGCUGUCGGAUUAGUGUUACUUAUGUAUGCUCUUACGAGCAAAAUUUUCUUGUACUAAAUGCGGAUAAUAUUAAUAAACUUUUGUGUGUUUUGCUAUAAUAUUCUCAGUUGUCAUGUGUUAAGACAUUAUGAUUGUAUGCUUGAUGAUAGUAAUGUUUAGGUUCGCACCAUACACCUAGUUAGUAGGGUCACCACCUCACAGAAGCCACGUACACUCAACAUCUUUCCGUUUCAUGACAGAAAGAUGCCUCGCCCAGCUACUCGCGGAAAUCCCGAACCAACCCCGCCGGAAGUUGACUCCACUACUUUCCAGGCAGCCGUGUCUGCUGCAGUCACAGCGGCUAUGGCACAACUUCACCGAGGGAACAACGGAGGAGGUAACGGGCAAGGAUCCGGAAGUUCGAACAACGGGACGAACCAAGGACUCACUAAAACGUGCACCUACAAGGAUUUUGCGAACGCUAAACCCCGAACUUUCAACGGUACCGGAGGAGUGAUCGCCCUAAAGCGAUGGAUCGAGAAGGUAGAGUCGGUAUUCGAGAUAUGCGAGUGCCCCGAGCAGAUGAAAGUGAAGUUCGCGGCCUGCACUUUUGUGGACCAAGCACUCACUUGGUGGAAUGGUCAUGUAGAAGCUAUGACACUCCCUGUCGCCAACUCUAUUCCCUGGGCAGAAAUGAAAGAGAUGUUGACGGCUGAGUACUGCCCCCGAGGCGAAAUACAAAAGAUGGAGCAGGAACUAUGGAAUCUCACGGUGCAGAAUGGGAACAUCGAUGCUUACAUAUCGAGAUUCAGCGAACUAUCUCUGUUGUGCCCGGGUAUGAUCACAUCAGAGGGAAAGAAGAUUGAACGAUUCAUUUGGGGACUGACAUCCCCCAUUCAAGGGAAUGUGAUAGCUGCGAACCCUGAAACUUUUGACAGUGCGAAGAGAUUGGCAAAGAGGCUAUAUGAUCAUAACCACAAAAAGGGCGAGAAACCGGUAGAGACUGAGAAGAAGAAGGAGAGUGAUGGUAAGAAAGGAUGGAACAACAAGAGGAAGGGGCGUCAGGGUCCCGAGACCUCUAAAAAGCAGCAAACGGUGGCAGUUCACGCUGUCACUGCGCCGGUACCAGUCACAUCACAUGCUCCAGCCUCAGCUGCUUCAAAUGCUUCAAGACCCUACUCCGGUACUCUUCCUAGUUGCAAUAAGUGCGGCCUCCACCAUCACGGCGAAUGCAGAGAAUACCAUUGCACCAGUUGCAACCGAAGAGGACACACUGCAAGGUUCUGCAGGACUUAUCCUUCUCAGAACCAGAGUCAGGGAAACAACCAGAACAACAACAAUAACCACCGCAAUACCAACAACACCAAUGCCGGCAACAACAAUGCAGGGCCUAGCCACACCUGUUUUGGGUGUGGAAGGACGGGACAUUUCCGUUGAGAUUGCCCUAACAACAACAACUCAGGAAACAGAGGAGCAGGAAGAAUGCUGACUAUGGGUCAGAGUGAUGCAGUUCAGGACCCCGCAGUUGU